CAAGGUUGUACCCUAUUGGAGGCUCUCGGUUACUGUCCUGCGAGCAGAGCUCCACCAGUCGUAUGACUACUGAAAUGCUAAAUUCAGUAGCUUUAGUCGUCAUAGAUGAGGAAAUACUGCCACCUAGUGGACAGCCCACACAAGGGAAGACGCGCAAGCUUGGUUUUCACUAUUUGAGUUGUACCACGAGAGAACACACUGGUUAAGCUGAAGUCAUCCUCGAAGAGCAUUCUUCCACGCGUGAGCUUUGGAUAGUAUUUGUCUUGUCGGAGUCGGACUGCUAUAUGAUUCUGAGGCUCCCCACGUCCUCUGCUCGCUCUCACCGCACCCAGACAGUGUCCAACAGCAACAACCCAGAGUGGAACGAGACGUUUCACUUCCGCAUCCACAGCCACAUCAAGAAUGUUCUAGAAAUGCAAUUUUACGAUGAAGACCCCUUCAAGCAAGAUGAUCUUUGCUCUGUCGAGUUGUUUGAUAUCAGCAAUCUCAUCUUGGGCCAACAGCAGACCAAAAUGUUCAUAAUAAAUAAAAAGACAAAUGCUAAGCUGUGGGUUGAAUUUGAGAUGGCAGAGAGUGCUGAGGAUCCAGGGACGUACCUGUCCAAUGGAGUCCUGGUGGCGGCACCAUUCUCCACUAUAGACAUCACCGCAAAUCUUCUAGGAACUGCACUCCAGAGCCUAAUACUGAAGUUUAAAGGAGCUUAUAAAGAGGAACAUGUUCUCACCUCUGGCCUGGUGGACUCUUUACGCUACUACAUUAACAGAGACCUGGAAACCGAGCUCUCUGUCCAGGGUGAAGAUACAGUUCAGCCAAUCCAACUUUCACCAGAUUCUCUGUGGCCAAUAAGUACCAAACAGGAAGUGAAAAUGCCUGUCGGAAUGGAUGUUGUUGACCUGGAACUGAAGAGUGAGGGACGGCCAGAGCAGGAGCUGGCAGUGCGUCUGGACUUUGACAUCCCGUCAGCAGAGAAGGACUUCCUGGAGAAAAGGAAAGUGGUGGUGGGGCGGGCUUUGCACAAGCUGCUGGAGCUCAGUUCCCCUCUACAGACAGAUAUGGUCCCCCUGGUGGGUGUGGUUUCCUCGGGGGGCGGGACCAGGGCGAUGACUGGCCUUUUUGGGAGUCUGAAGGGUCUCCAGACUUUGGGAAUCCUGGAUGCCAUCAGCUACAUCACUGGGGUCUCAGGAGCCACAUGGGCCAUGUCAACCCUGUACGAGAAUGCUGAUUGGUCUCUGGGGGACCUGGGUAUGGUUACUGAGCCAAUGAAGGUUGAGAUGAUUAAGAGGUACCAGAACAUCCUGUCCGAGGAGCAGCUCAGUUACUACUGGGAGGAGAUGGGACAGAAGGGGAGGGACGGACUUCCCGUGUCCCCCAUUGACAUGUGGGGUCUGGCCAUCGAGCACCUCAUCUAUGGGAAGAAAUGGGACAGUACCCUCUCUGACCAGAAGAGGGCGGUGUCAGGGGGACAGAAUCCUCUGCCUAUCUACACAGCUGUGAACACGAAGACGAGCCUGACGGGCAUCAAAGAGGCUGAGUGGUGUGAAUUCACCCCGUAUGAGGUUGGUCUUCCGAAGUACGGUGCAUUUGUACCCACUGAGGACUUUGGCAGUGAGUACUUCCUGGGUCACCAGGUCAAAAAACUUCCACAGACUCGUCUGCCUUUCAUGAUAGGAAUCUGGAGCAGCUUUUUGUCCGUCAACCUUACAGAUCUGUGGCACCUUGUCACAGGCUUUGCUCCAUCCUGGAUAGGUAGUGAUGUCGUCAACACAGAGACGGACAACAACCCGUCCACGCUGGACACCUUCCUGAUCAAACCAGCCACCAACAUAAUGCAGAUGAUCACCAACUUCUUCACAUAUCGACCAUUCGUCAGCCAGAUUUACAACUUUAUGCGAGGCCUCUAUCUCCACUGGGACUACAACAGCACGAAUGGUUUCACCGUAGGACAAGACACACAUCCUGAUGCCUUUCCGAACCAGUUGACACCAGCGGACCCAACCCUGAAUCUUGUGGACUCGGGGUUGUCCUGCAACACGGGGUUCCCCCCUGUGCUGCGACCCCACAGACGUAUGGACCUCAUCCUGUCCCUUAACUACUCCUGGGAUUCAGACCAGUUUAUGGUGUUGAAGAAAACCCAGCAGCACUGCACUGAUCACAGGAUCCCGUUCCCUCACAUCGAUUUCAGCCGUGUGGAGAAAGAGGCCAUGAAGGAGGUGUAUGUUUUUGAGGACGAGAAGAACCCCAAAGCUCCCAUUGUGGUUCACUUCCCUCUGGCCAACCUCACUUUCAGAGAGUUUAAAGCCCCAGGUGUCAGGAGAGAAGGGAAGGAUGAACUGAGGAUGGGAGAGCUGGACGUGAGCAGCAGCGCCUCACCAUACAUCACCACGAACCUGGCCUACCAGCCCGAGGACUUCCAGAAGCUGAUGGACCUCACUUGCUACAACAUCCUGAACAACCGCGACACCUUGCUGUCAGCUCUGCGCAGGGCGCUACAGAGAGAGAGAGUCCAUGAAGAUGAGCACAAACCCUCCUGUCCCUGAAAUUUUGGCAUUCAGAUAUUAAUGAUUUAAGGUUACAAAAGAACAUACAUCAUUCUUAUAAGCAGCAGAUGUUAAAUCAACAUUACUUUUUGAGAUAUACUUUUAUAGGUGACUGAUUUUGGUAUAAUCUUCAACUAAUUUGGAUUGUUAAUGUUCAUGUUAAAGAAGAAAAGCCAACUAUAAAGACACAAAUGCUAGAUGCUUGGAAGGUUUUCCCAAUGCCAGCAGUGCUAUAACUUCCUAGUUUUAACUCCGUAGUGCUACUUUUAAAGGUUAUAUCAAAGCUUCACUGAAUACUACAUAUUCCAAGUGUGUUUAACUUUCCAAUGACAUCGUU